UUUGUAGCAAUCGACGAUGUUGUUGAGUUCAUUUUGUGUGAAAUGGUCAUUCAUGUGGUUGAACGCCACCAACUUGCAUCCAAUUCUAACCUUUCUGUUCACUCUCAUCACUGUGCUAUGGUUGCUACAGUGGUUCAGGAAUUCAACCAAUGAAGCAUCAUCUCCUUUGCCUCCAGGUCCUACAGGUCUUCCAUUUCUUGGCUACCUUCCCUUUCUAGGAAACCAUCCCCACCUCAAAUUUCACAAGCUGGCACAACUCUAUGGACCCAUCUACAAGCUCAUGUUGGGAACAAAAACAAUCGUGGUGGUUAGUUCACCCUCUCUGGUGAGAGAGAUAGUGCGUGACCAAGACACCAUAUUUGCGAACCGGGAGCCUCUCAUUGCUGCAUUGGUUGCCUUGUACGGUGGCACUGACAUAGCCUCUUUGCCUCACGGUCCACAGCGGAGGAAGGCUCGCAAGAUAUUGGUACGUGAGAUGCUCAGCGGCACCAACAUGACUAACUCUUUUUCUCAUAGGAGAGUGGAGAUUAAGAACUCCAUCAGGGAUGUGUACCAAAACAAAAUAGGGUGCCCCACAAACGUUGGCGAGUUGGCUUUUCUAACAGCUACAAAUGCAAUAAUGAGUAUGAUUUGGGGUGAGACUUUGCAAGAAGAAGAAGGAGUUGCUAUUGGGGUUGAGUUUCGAGCCGUUGUGUCAGAACUUAUGGUGUUACUAGGGAAGCCAAAUGUUUCGGAUCUUUUCCCGGCUCUGGCAUGGUUAGAUUUACAAGGAAUUGAGAGAAGAACCAGAAAGGUGUCCCAGUGGAUUGAUAGGCUCUUUGAUUCUGCCAUUGAAAAGCGAAUGAAUGUGACUGAGAAGGGAGAAAAUAAGUCAAACAAAGAUUUCCUGCAGUAUCUUUUGGAGCUUACAAAGAGUGAUAGUGAGUCAGCAUCAAUGACCAUGAAGGAGAUCAAAGCAAUUCUCUUAGAUAUAGUGGUGGGUGGAACAGAGACAACAUCAACAACAUUGGAAUGGGUGGUAGCGAAGCUGAUGCAGCAUCCUGAGGCAAUGAAGAGAGUUGAAGAAGAGAUGGAUACUGUAAUAGGAUUGGACAAGGGUAUUGAAUCAGAAUCCCAAUUGUUGAAAUUACAGUACUUAGAAGCUGUGAUAAAGGAAACACUUCGUUUGCAUCCUCCUCUUCCCUUUUUGGUACCUCAUUGCCCAAGUCAAAGCAGCAGUGUUGGUGGAUAUACCAUUCCAAAAGGUGCACAGGUAUUGUUGAACGUGUUGACAAUACAGAGAGACCCUGAGAUUUGGGAAGAUGCAUUAGAAUUUCGACCAGAGAGGUUUCUGAGUGAUGAUGGGAAGUUGGAUUACUGGGGCAACAAAUUUGAGUAUCUUCCUUUUGGAUCUGGAAGAAGAAUCUGUGCAGGGCUACCUCUAGCUGAGAAGAUGAUAAUGUUUAUGCUAGCUUCCUUCUUGCAUUACUUUGAGUGGAGAUUACCCAGUGGAACAGUGCUUGAAUUUUCAGGAAAAUUUGGCCUUGUAGUCAAGAAAACCAAGCCACUGGUUCUUAUUCCAAAGCCUAGACUAUCUAAACCACAACUCUACAUAUGA